AUGGCUGCACCGACCAAUGGCGCCCAGAACGGCACAGUCAAGUCCUCACACGCCUCCGGCCCCAUUCCAUUCUCCUCUCGUCUCAAGGAGGGUCGUGCGCUGGCCCAGGACGUGUGGUCCAUCUUCAAUGCUGCCAAUCUCCCCGCGGACUGCAUCAAUCUGGGCCAAGGGUACAUGAACUUCGCCCCCCCGAAGUGGGUUACUAAGGCGGCAGAGGAGGCAUUGAACACCAUCUCGCCCAACCACUACUCCCACCCCAAAGGCCGUCCACGUUUGCGGCAGGCUCUUAAAAACCACUACGAUCAUCAGUUUGGCAGAGAUCUCGAUGUCGAGUCGGAAAUACUGGUUACGAGUGGAGCUAACGAAGGUCAAUACUCUGUCUUCGUCGCCUUUCUGGAACAGGGCGACGAGGUCAUCAUGUUUGAGCCCUUCUUCGACCAGUACUUGCCAUCCGUCACAUUCAAUGGAGGAAAACCCGUAUAUGUCCCUCUGCACCCUCCUCCUCAUUCCCAGGAAAAGACCACUAGCGACGACUGGAAGAUCGACUUCGAUGAGCUCAGGCGUGCCAUCACACCGCGCACUAAGAUGAUCAUUGUCAACACGCCUCACAACCCCGUCGGCAAAGUAUUCACUCGUCAGGAAUUAGAGCAAAUCGCAGCAUUGUCCAUAGAGCACAACCUUCUCGUCAUGUCCGAUGAAGUGUACGACUGCCUUCUGUUUGAUAACAAGGAGCAUGUCCGGAUCGCCACCCUUCCUGGCAUGUGGGAGCGCACAGUCACGGUUGGCUCUGCCGGCAAAUCUUUCGCCGCCACUGGCUGGCGUGUUGGUUGGCUCGUCGGUCCUCAAUCAAUCAUCAGCCCUACUCUGGCCGCGACGACUCGUAUCGUGUUCUGCACGAACUCGCCGCUGCAGGAGGCUGCCGCCGCUGGCCUCGAACUGGCUCCUCAAUACAAGUUCUUCGAAACGCAGACUCGAGAGUACGAUGAGAGGCGACGCGUGAUGAUCGACACUUUCGAUAAGCUGGGCAUGAAGUAUACGAUGCCCGAAGGCAGUUAUUUCAUCCUGCUUGAUAUAUCCGACGUAAAGUUCCCAGAAGAUUACCCUUUCCCUGAAAGCGUUUUGGGCAGAGGACGGGAUUUCAAAGCGUGCUGGUUCAUUGCCAUGGAAGUUGGAGUUUCCUCUAUUCCUGUCAGCGAGUUUUACUGCGAAGAGCACACCGGCAUCGGAGAACGUUUCGGGCGUUUCGCGUUCUGCAAGGAUCUCGAUACCCUGAAAGCGGCCGGGGAGCGACUCCAAAGCUUGAAGAAAUUCCUCGUUUGA